GACGUCAAAGCAUUUGUUUACAAGCGUCAUACAACACUUAGCUUUCGACUAGUCUUCACUGCCAGCUCGUAUUUCUCGCAUUAAAAGGUCAGUAUUCAGUGUACCGUGCCUAAUAGCUUCGUGUGCUUUACUUUCCCAUAUAGGUGUUGUGGAUAUUGCCCACAAGACGAAGAGCAUUGAGUGCCCGUGCCUUCAACAGCUGUGGUAAGAUGCGCGACGGAUCAGAACACCCGUGUCGCGUUUGUCUGGCGGAAGGUGCGCGGAACAUUUUCAAUACCAACACUAUAGACGAUGCAAUGUGCACCUUCGCUUCUAUCAACCACAUUCGCCACAAGCUGCAGUACGUGACGCAGCUCCAGGUAAACGAGGACGAUGGGCUACCGUUCUGGAUCUGCGAGCUGUGCGUCGUGCAGCUGAAUGUGGCCUACCACUUCAAGAUGGUUGCUAGCGAAUCGGACAGCGUACUGCGACGGCGCCUGAAGGACAGGGAAUCACCCUCGAACGUCACUCGCGAUGCAUUCGCGUCGCAGCAAACGCAGUCGAUCAAUCCAGACCAGCCGGCCAUAAAGCAGGAACCAGCGUCUGACAUUGAGCUGGGUCCUGUGACAGUGUGCGAAAACGAUUACGUUUCCCCACCCGAGGAAGCGAGGAAUGAGCUAGUGGUUACACCUAACGAAACGGACAAAAUCUCGGGCAUGGUUUACGUACAGAAAAAUCUGCUCAAUCCAGCCGAGGAUGAAGCCUACCUGAAGAACAUCUUGGAAAAUAAAGUCAUCGCCAUACCGUACGAAGUAAUCAGCGACGGUGGUGCCACCAAAGAUCAGCAAACGUUGAGUACGACCACCCCUACGGUCAACCAAUCGCACAGUCAGGGUGAACCAGUGAAAAAGCUGGGCCAGAAAAAGCGCAAUAGAAGCAGGUUGGAAAAUCAGCAAUCAGUAUCGUCGUCGAAGAAAGUGAAACGCACACCAAAGGAAGGGACAAUGAAAGGGCAGCUAACUCCCGGUACCGGCACCGAAGCUAGUUCUCAGCCGGUGGACGACAAGCACGGCGGCACACCAAACGAAAACGCGAAGCUUCCGUCAAAGGCUGCGCUGCGCCAGCGGCGGCUGCAAAAGGUGCUAGAAAGUUUGCGCAUCGACAUGGUGGACGACAAGCUGGUGAACCGGUACGGCUUGAUGCAGAACAUGCCGCAGGUUAUGCCGCCGCUUGCCCUGCCAAGCAAUCCCAUGAAGCGGCGCAACUCCAUCUGCGUAUCGUCCUUUAGCCAGUGGUUGUAGCGUGAGCAUAUUCUUAACACGAGUACCAAAUAGGUUUUAAGAGCUUUGUUUUGAAGACGCGUCAUGUGUUUUUCGUUGAGUUUAGUGAGAUAGAACUACCUGUUAAUGUAUGCAGCUACGACAUGCAUUCCUAUACCAAUUGGAUGAACUUGUUCGGACGGAAGGUUACACUUAGUCUUAGACCACUCAAAAAGGUACAUUCAGUACGUAGCUGUUUGCACCCGGUUCAUAUAUGUUAUCGAUCGUCUUUUUUUAAACAUUCUUAGAUUAUCACUUUCGGUUAAGCAAAUGGUAGGUGUUGCGUUCUGGAACAUGGUUUGUUGGUUCCUUUCCCCCUUGACGCCUCUACGCCCUACGUUGUGUUUUGUUGUGUCGUCUUCGAUCGCCAAAGGAGACAAAGUAAAGAACACGUCCGGCUCGUAUCGAGUUUCAUGCGCUAGUGCCGCUUUAUUCGCACACAUACUUAAUCACAAAUUGUCGAUCGGCAGUGCUGCCAGAAAAUACAUUUAACUUUUAAUUCCCAACUGACAAAACAACCGCAAACAAUUCAAAAUGACCGUUUCAUAACCCUUACAUUCCAACAUAGCGGCCACCUAAAUUUACCAAAUUUACCUCUUUCCAUUACUUCACAAAAUGCCUGACUUUAUGAUAUCUAAUUCACUCUCUCAAACGGAAGAAGACUAAUCCUAUUCGCUGGCCUCUUAUACAAGCCGUUCCUAGUCCUGAUACUAACGACUCUCACUACGCCAUCUGGGCCAGGAAAUACCUCAGCAAUCCGUCCCAUUGGCCAAUGGUGAGGAGUCUUCCCAUCCUCUUUCAACAGGACCAUUUGUCCUACCUUUAGCUCUACUACUGCCUUGCCGCGUUGAUGUUCGUUAUGUAGUUCGCUAAAAUAUUCCCUACGCCAACGCGCCCAAUGAUUCUGUACCACUCUACGCAAUUCCUCAUACCGCUUCAAUCUAUUGAUUGGUACAUCACCCACGUCAGGCUCCGGUAGAGCGUUCAUCGGAGCCCCGAUUAGAAAAUGCCCCGGCGUCAAUACAUCAAGUUCUUCCGGAUCCUCCGACAACGGUGUAAGCGGUCUGCUGUUGAGUUGAGCUUCCACUUGUGCCAGUACCGUCGACAUCUCCCCAAACGCCAGCUGCCGAUCACCAACAACCUUCAGUAGGACGCGUUUUGCCGCUUUUACCGCUGCCUCCCAAAGGCCGCCAAAGUUCGGUGCAUGGGGUGGGAUGAAGUGCCACUUAACGCCAGCGCCAACAGCAUACCUCGAUAUAUCCUCCACCGCCGAAUCGCUGUUCAUCAACGUGUAGAAGUCAUCGAUCACCUUACUCGCUCCUUGGAAGUUGAGACCGUUAUCGGAAUAGACCUCGCUGGGCAAACCCCGUCUUGCCACAAACCGACGAAACGCCGCUAGAAAUGCAUGAGUUGAUAGAGACUCCACAAGCUCGAUGUGAACAGCCUUUACUGAAAAACACACAAAGAUUGAAAUAUAUGCUUUUUCAGCUGCUGCUCGGCGAUGCACCGGCUUCAAGUAAAUGGGUCCACAGAAAUCAACCCCUACGAUCGAAAAUGGUCGAGCUGGCAUAGCACGCGACACGGGUAGCUGUCCUGGUGGUUGUUGAACUAACGCGGGAUUCAUCCUGAAGCAUACCAGACAGCCUCUGCAAACACUAUUGACCAAAGAUCGUCCUUGAAUUGGCCAAAAUUCUCUCCUGAGUGCGCUCAAUGUUGUAGUUGGCCCACCAUGAAGUGCCAAUCGAUGAUAAUAUUCUGCCAUUAGCCUAGUAAAUCGUGACUUCUUGGGUAGCGCCAACGGAAAUCUGCUACAAACUUGCAUGGCUUUAGCGCGAUGCAAGCGGCCACCAACUCGGAGCAAACCAUCACCGUCCAAAAAAGCUCCUAAUGUCUUCAGUGAUGAUUUGGGACGUACCGUUUGUCCAGCAGACAACUCCUUGAUCUCAGCCGCAAAGUAUAUCCGUUGUUCUCUUUUCACCAGUCGAAUUUUCGUCUCUGCUAGCUCGCUCACCAACAAAACACCUUUGUGUUUAGGAUCCAGCUUUCGUUGGCAACAACGAAUAAAUCUCAUACAAUACGCAGUGAUCCGCAGUAAUUUGUCAUAGUUGGAAAACCUAUCACACCAAUCAUCGCUCUCGCUACUUACUGCGGCCACCAAUGAGCUCUUCCUUCGUUCCAAUAACUCCUCUUCGGGUUUUGCCAACACACCGCUAGCAUUCUUCUUCCAUUCUUCCUCUGAUAGUUGUAACCACCCUGGACCAUGGAACCACAGCUUCGAUGCUAACAGCUCGCUCGGCAUAGCUCCACGCGAUACAAUAUCGGCAGGAUUGUCAACGCCCUUCACGUGCAUCCAUUUGUAGCCAUGCGUCAAUUCCUGAAUUUCGGAUACCCUAUUCGCUACGUACGUAGCCCAAGAAUGGGAUGGUGCUCGAAUCCAAUGCAACACGAUUGUCGCAUCAGUCCACAUAAAGGUUUCCACGUCUGGAAUUCUCAACGCUUGGCGUACCACUUUCUGCAACCUUGCUGCCAGUAAUGCUCCACAAAGUUCUAACCGGGCCAAACUGACUCUUUUCAGCGGCGCAGGACGAGACUUUGCAGCAAGCAACUCAACUACCACUUCCCCGCUGCUACCAAUCGUUCUAACAUACACGCAUGCCCCAUAAGCCGCUUCAGAUGCAUCCGAAAAGCAAUGUAGUUGAACAGCAACAGGAUUAUGCACAACAGCAUGGCGCGAAAACUUAACCUCCUUCAGCAACCCGAGUUGUGAUUGAAAAGCAUACCAUCGUUCUUGCAUGACAGCCGGUAUUUCUUCAUCCCAGUCAUCAGUUGCCAACCACAACGAUUGCAUAUUUAUCUUGGCCCAAGAUGUCACAGGAGCCACCAGCCCCAAAGGGUCGUAUAUACGUGCUACCAAAGAGUAAACCUUUCUACGGGACCAGCUCUCGUUGUUCAUCUGAAUGUUCGAGUCUAUGUACAGUUGGUCCGAUUCUGGUAGCCACGCGAUACCUAGAGUUUUUAUUGGCUCCUCUGGAACUUCAAACAUUUUAACGUUGGAUGUUGCUCUGUCUUCCGCUGAAACGCUAGAUAAAACAUCUGGUUUGUUAGAAUUCCAUUUAGUUAGAUGAAAUCCGCCCUUUCUCAACAAUAGCGUCAGCUCAGCUUGCAACAUAACUGCUUCUUCUUCGCUAGAGGCACCACCAAUGUAGUCAUCAACAUAGAAGUCCUCUAACAACGCCUGUCUCGCCAAGGGAAAGUUUUCCCCUUCAUCAAUUGCCAAUUGCUGCAGUACUCGAAUGGCCAGAAAGGAGGACGGGGCAAGUCCAAAUGUGACCCGCUGCAACUCGUAGACUUCGAUGGACUCAACAGAUGAGCCUCGCCAUAAUACACGUUGAAAACGAGUGUCGUCGGGAUGCACCUUGACUUGCAGAUACAUCUGUUUUAUGUCUGCCACUAAUGCCACGCUCCUCAUCCGAAAUUUCAGCAACAACGCCAACAAGUUCUCCUGAAUCACAGGACCAGUCAUUAACAAAUCAUUAAGAGACUUACCACCGUCGGUAGAGGCCGAUCCAUCAAACACAGGUCGUACCUUUGUACUGGUACCGGACGCCUUGAUUACCGGAUGAUGCGGUAAGAAAUAAUGACCAUGAGCUGCCUCAGAAUCAGGGUUCGCAGCCACCUUGACUAAAAUCCCUUUGUCGAUGUAGUCGUUGAUAACCGCCGUAUACCUUUGUUUCAACCAUGGGUCCCGAUUGAAACGUCGUUCUAACUGCAAAAACCGUUUUCUCGCUAUCGCACCGGACGGUCCCAAUUGAUUCUGUAAGUCACACUUAAAUGGCAGCUUCACUAUAUAUCUCCCUUCACUAUACCGCUGAUGAGUUUGCACAAAAUGUGCUUCGCAAUCCCUUUCUUCCUGACUAUGUUGAAGCGGCUCACGUAUUUCUUCAAUAAUCCAAAAACGCUCAAUUAAAUCGUCCAACCUAGUACACGUGCCACAAGUAACAUAAUUGCUACCUUCAGAAGCCAGCGGAACUUUCCCAGUUGCAACCCAUCCAAAAACAGUACUAAUAAAUGUUGGGAGCGCUGGUAGCUCGAGCCUAAUUUUACCACGGUUGUCCGGUUUCAAAAAAGUCGCGUAAAAUUCGGAGCCCAUCAAUAAAUCCACUUCAGCAUCACUAUCGAAAUUAGGAUCCGCGAGCACAAAAUUCAUCGGGAGAUUCUGCCUGCUAAUUUGAUUUCCAGUUACCGGCCUGUAGCUAGAAAUUCUCGGCAACACUAGAAACUGCAUACGUUCUUGAUAGUUACAACUUUUGGAACGUAUGACAGUCGUUACCGACAUCGUUAUGUCCACUUUCGAAUGUCCAACUCCCGAUAAUGCCGUUUUACUUUCGUACUGCGGUAACUUAAGCCGCGCAGCCAAGCCCUUUGUCAUCAGGUUCACCUGAGACCCACUAUCGAUCAAUGCUCUUGCUGACAACCAUUUGUUACCACACGCACGCACACUCACUAUCGCCGUUGAUAAUAACACAGAAGUGCACUCUCUGUUCGAUGACGCGUUCACCACCACAUUUUGCGUGCCACUGGUAGAUGGAAGUUCUUCACGAACCGACGGACCGAUCGUUUCACUUACAUUUUCACCGUGUAGAAGGGAAUGAUGUUUACGAUUGCAGAUAUUGCAUCGCGCACGUGACCAACACUUGGCUUGAAAAUGCCCUUGCCUCAAACAAUUAAGGCAAAGCUUCUUAGCUUCAACCACUUCACGACGACGCGGCAACGUUAAACUCCGAAACGAGUCACAAUUUUCCACCAUGUGCGAUCCAUCACAUUUUGCGCACUUUGCUUCUGCAGCCACAUUAGACGCAACACGACGUUCACUUGUAGAUUUGCCCGCCGCCAUUGGCCUAUCCACUGCAAACGCGUCCAUUAUGCGCGUCUGUGUGCGCAAAAAGUUUAACAAAUCCGUCACCGUUUUUUGCUCACUUUCUUCAACGUGCCUUUCCCACUUUUGUUGGGUGCUUUCAUCCAACUUUGAAAUGAUUAUCUGAAUAAUCAAACAUCCCCACUGUUCGGUCACUUCACCUAACUGCUUUAGAAUUUGUAAGUUCCUUUCGAAACAAUCGAUAAGCCCAUGAAUACCCACCGUGUUCAUGACUUUCAUCCGUGGCCAUUGUAGCAUCGCGUUAACAUGACGCUUUUUCAAAAUAUAUUCGUUAGAAUAUCGCUUUUUCAAAGCAUCCCAAGCCACAUCAUAAUUCGCAUUACAGGCUUGCAAGGUAUCCACCACCUUCAGCGCUUCACCUUUCAGAGAACCCUUCAAAUAAAGCAUCUUUUCAACCUGCGACAAUUUCUCGUUCUCAUGAACAGUAACAACAAACAUGUCGUGAUACGGGAGCCAUUCGUCAUAUUUUCCGGAAAAUUGAGGAAGCGUCAACUGAGGCAAACGAACACUAUUAUAAUCAUCGCACACGCGUUCCUGUUUCACACUCGGUAUCUCCGCUCCAGCCCGCAGCUUUCCCAAUAAUUUUCCUUUCAAUAGCAUGACUUUGUCUUCAAUCUCACCAUAAAGCACAUCGUUAUCUUCACUGUAAUCUUUUGCGCCAAUAUUUCGAGCCAAAGCCUGAAACUCCCUCCAACGCUCGUUCAAUAGAUCGAGACGAGGCGUCAAUUCUGGGAAAUCACUCUCUUUGUACUGCGCCAAAAACGUGUCGAUUCUUGUCAACGAUUGCACGACUCGGUCGCGCUCGCGCUUUAGGAUAAUCAUAUCCAGUUCUUCUGCUUGUGUGUGUUGCAUUGUAUUGUUCGAACCCGAUGCGUCAGAGAAACCGGCAAAAUCUUCACUAACCGACAUUUCUAAUACGCGACACAAAAUGCAUACACACGCAAAGAACACCCACUAGCACAAUGAUUUCUCACGCUUUCGCGAUUUUUUCUUAUUCAGAAAUCCACCAACGCUCGAUACGGAACUUUCAGAUUUCACACGCGUUACGCGAUUUUUGCCAAAAGAAAUCACACAAAGUUCUUCACUUUAACCAGUCAAACCAAACCGCAAAUAUUAGACCAUCCUGGUCACGGCACCAAUGUUGCGUUCUGGAACAUGGUUUGUUGGUUCCUUUCCCCCUUGACGCCUCUACGCCCUACGUUGUGUUUUGUUGUGUCGUCUUCGAUCGCCAAAGGAGACAAAGUAAAGAACACGUCCGGCUCGUAUCGAGUUUCAUGCGCUAGUGCCGCUUUAUUCGCACACAUACUUAAUCACAAAUUGUCGAUCGGCAGUGCUGCCAGAAAAUACAUUUAACUUUUAAUUCCCAACUGACAAAACAA